GUGAAUGGCUUUUAUUCGCUUCCCUUUUCUCCUCCCCUUUCGUGCCUCUCUCUCUCCUCCCUCCGUUAUUUGUGUGGAGAGAGAUUGGAGAAAAGAGAGAACGCUACUUUUCUUCAAUCUCCAUUUUUUCUCUUGUAAUCCUUCCGAGAGUGAUUUGAUUUGAUCUUUUGUUUUUGUUAAUUCUGUUUUCGAAUCUCUGCCGGCGGUGCUGCAUUCUGAUUGCGAUCGGAGCUUGGAGGGUGACCGGCGGCGGUGGAGAAUUGGAGGGGAUUCCGGCGAUACGGCGGUGCUGCUGAUGGAGGCAUCCACGCGCUCUGUUCCUCGCCGUCGUGAUCAAUUUCUUCGAAAGACUGGAUUUUGAAGCCGCCGGCGGAAUUUCAGCUCCCGGGCGCCCGUCACCGAAGAUUCACCCUGGCAAAUGAAUUUGAGAUCAAUGGAGACAAUAGAGUCUGGGCACUAUCCUGUACGGGAUGGUGAACCAGAUUGUUCAUAUUACAUCCGAACUGGUCUGUGUAGAUUUGGAGCCUCAUGCCGAUUUAAUCAUCCAGCUAAUAGGAAAUUGGCAAUUGCCACUGCAAGGAUGAGAGGAGAGUAUCCAGAAAGAGUUGGGCAGCCCGAAUGCCAGUACUAUUUGAAGACGGGAAUUUGCAAGUUUGGAGCCACAUGCAAGUUUCAUCAUCCUAGAGAUAAGGCUGGGGUUGCUGGAAGAGUUGCUUUAAAUGCCUCGGGGUAUCCACUUCGUCCGGAUGAGACUGAAUGCCCCUACUAUAUGAGAACUGGUCAAUGCAAGUUUGGGAGCACUUGUAAAUUCCAUCAUCCUCAACCAUCUAAUAUGAUGGUAUCUCUUCGUGGUUCUCCUGUUUAUCCUCCUGUCCAUUCCCCAACUACUCCCAGUCAGAUAUCAUAUCCCUUUUCAAGAGCUUCUUUUAUUACCAAUCCACGAUGGCAAGGUCCUUCAAGUUACACUCCGGUGAUUGUGCCUCAAGGAGUAGUAUCAGUACCAGGAUUUGCUUACAGUGGACAACUUGGUUCAGUUUCAUCCACAGAGAGCCAACAAGUGACAGCAGGAAGCAGUCAGGGUUAUGAGUUGUCUCGUUCCAGUGAGGUAGCUACCAUGGGAUCUCAUGGGAUGAAUCCUUCUUAUCGUGGUGGUACAUUACCUAUGGGAUAUUAUACAUUGCAGCAGAGAGAGAGUGUCUUCCCUGAACGACCCGGUCAACCAGAAUGCCAAUUUUACAUGAAGACAGGAGACUGUAAGUUUGGUGCUGUUUGUAAAUUCCAUCAUCCAAAGGAAAGACUCAUUCCUCCUCCCAAUUCUUUACUGAGUCCAAUUGGGCUUCCUUUACGCACAGGAGAACCUUUAUGUACAUUCUAUUCCCGUUAUGGGAUCUGCAAGUUUGGCCCAAGUUGCAAGUUUGAUCACCCCAUGGGAGUUUUCGCGUAUAGUCUCUCCCCAUCAUCAUCUGCAACUAACGCUCCUCCUUCUUUCCGGCAUUUCUUGGGUUCCCCCUCAUCAGGAACCGGUGCCUUGGCUCUAUCCUCAGAAAUGCUUGCUGACGCAAGCUCCACAAAGCCCAGGUGACUGUCAUUCUCAAAAAUGUCACUUGGAGGGUAAUGAUGACAUUGGUCACAGAAGGAUGAUUUUCCUCCGGGUUAUGCCAAUCAGUAUCUAUGCAUUUAAACAUUCCUUAGAAUUAAUAACAGUUUGCCUGUAAAUUCAUUUCCACUGUUGGAGAUGUACAGAACUCUACUAGUUAAUAAUGCAUUUGAAUGAUGUUGCUGUUGACUCUAAGGUUCCCUUUGGUGCCUGCCCUUAAUAAAUCUCUGCAUAUGUU